UUGCCUCUCUAAGAAGACAUACUAACGGCUGCAACAUGCGAAAAUACUUAGUGGUGCUAUCUGCAAUCAUUUGCCUCUCCGCGGCACAGGAACCCUUGACUCGUCUUCUUAGUUCAAUUAUUGGUGGUGGUGGCGGUGGCGGUGGUUUCGGUGGUGGUGGUGGGGGUAUCCUGCCAGGAACUGGAGUCAUCGGAGGUGGAGGAAGUCGAGGACUUGGUGGAAUCGUCGGAGGUGCCGUACCAUCGCUAGGUGGUAUUUUCGAUGGUGCCCAGCCAGGUGCUCAACCGGGUGCCCAACCAGGCGCCCAACCAGGUGUCCAACCAGGUGUCCAACCGGGUGCUCAACCGGGUGCCCAACCGGGUGCUCCACCGGGUGCCCAACCAGGUGCUGAACCGGGUGCUCAACCGGGUGCUCAACCGGGUGCUCAACCGGGUGCUCAACCAGGUGCCCAACCAGGUGCCCAACCAGGUGCUGAACCGGGUGCUCAACCAGGUGCCCAACCGGGUGCCCAACCAGGUGCCCAACCGGGUGCUCAACCGGGUGCUCAACCGGGUGCCCAACCGGGUGCUCAACCGGGUGCUCAACCGGGUGCCCAACCAGGUGCCGAACCUGGUGUCGAACCGGAACUCGAACUAUGAGUCUCAUAAAACAGUUGAACACUCCAGUUUUCAAUCAUGUAGCGACCAAUCGCGUACGAGUGCGAAAUUUUUUCUUCAAUCAAUUGAUUAUCAUAAAGAAGUAUGGGAUAUACAGUUUUCAAUUAAUAUAAGGCUCUGCAACCUUUUGCAAUAACCAUCAACGGGAUGGAAUACCCGCUUGAGGUAUUUCGUCACGGUUUACACAAUCGCUCGCAUUCGUAUUCAUUAUUUUCCUUUUUUUGCAUACGAAGACCCCAGAAAGUUCUAAUGAAGAUUUUUUCAAAUUGAAGGUGUAAAAUUUUAGGAGUGCCCUUAAAAUUAGAUCAGGGAGAAGAAUACAUCUAGAAUAAUUUGUAAACAUUUUAGAACGAAAUACGUUGGGACGAAUUCAGCAAAAAUAUUUUUUGUAAAGAUUAUCAUAGGAUAGAAAAAAUGUAUGAUGUAAUUUGUCUCUAAACCCCGUCGUUUCAAAAAUGAUCGCAAAAUAAUCUAUAAAUCCAUUUUGCUGUUUGAAUAUAUUCAGAAUUUUCUUAUGAAUGAUUUCGUGAAUUUCAUUGAAGCAAAUGAGCUUAAAAAAAAUGUCAGAAAAUUUAUGUAAAAAACCAUUAAAUUUUCGACAAAAAAUACAAAGGGUCAAAAAUGCGAAGUUCGAUGCAGAUUUAA